GAAACACCGGGGAACCGGAGGUCAGAAAGGUAUGCACGUUGUCCCGUGUACAUAAUCGUGUAUAGGUUCCUUCACUACCUUUGCUGCCAAGUGCGUUCAGCGGGGGGUGUAUUUGCACGAUUGUACACCUGUACAUACCAUAUCGACCUCUAUGUUUGGCUCAAGAAAAGGGCGCUCUACACGUUGGUACUUGUAGGCUGUUGGCCUGUAAAUUCACUUUGUGCCGGAUGUUGGCUUCAAUCAUCCUGGUCGUGUUUGCCACCUUGUCGAAAGUGCAUUCCACAAAAUUUGAAAUGUUCACGGGACAGUGCAGGCGCAAAAUGAUUUUCAAAACAUGUGAACUUUGUUUGAACGCUGCAGCUGCUAGGAACCCAAUCUGGUCCUAUUGCGCAAUGAUGGGCCAAGUCAGGCAGUUCACUGGAGGCAACCAACAACAGUCCAGCUCGCCACGCCUUCCACGUGCAUCCUGCUGUGGAUGGACGAGUCCCGUUUAGGCGGUGGGCAGGCGCUUUGCAGAUUAGCGCUUCACCAAUGCCAUGUUGGGACUUCGGCCUCCUUUCCAGCAGAGUCGCUUGGAGGCUCUCACGAACCAGCCGUGAAAUCCCUUAGUGUCAAAGUGAUUGGUGCUGAUUCAUUGGGCAAGUAUGCUGCAUUUGUUCCUUUGAUCCUUGGAAUCAUAAGUGUUCUUUCAUCAAUGAUCUGGCUGUGGCGCCUGGAGACUUCAGGUUUAGCUGUUGCGUUGCUGUGGCAUGCCUGGCACUGGACCCAAGCUACACCAGUGCGACAAAUAACUUUUAUGGUAGAAGACUUGGUGAAGGCUGAUCAGCCGCACAGCGCGCCUGAACAGAAUGAGGCUGAGGGCCCCGUGCCCGCGCCCAGAGAAGAGCAGCCAAAUUGGUGUGGAACAUGGACUUUGGACAAAAGCUGCAGCGAAAAGUACGAAAAUAUUCUUAAGGACAUGGGGGUCAACUAUGUGAUUCGGAAAGCAGCUGAUGCCAAAACGUCAGUGUUGGUGAUUUCAAAAUCCAUCAGCCAUGUCACCUUUAUAGUGAAGAACCUUGUGACGGUCGAAGACGUGCUGCCUGUCGACGGCGCUUGGGUUCGGAAGCCCGUUCCUCCAGCAGGUCGCAUGAAGGGUGAGAUGCGACUGCGGCUGUCAAAGUGCACGCAAAAUGAGCUGGAGAUGGUCACGGAAUUUCCACCUGGAGAAGGCAGCCUGUGCGAUACGUUGGUGGUUAACAAUGACCGAAGCUCAUUUUCAAGACGGGUGGUGCGAACCAGAAGUGAUGGAACAGAGCUAGAAUGCACACGUGUUUUCAGGCGAACUUAAGAAUAGACUGAAAUUGGAACCAUUGUUGGAGUAGCUUUGCCCCUUCCAAGCCAAAGACCCUUGGAUAUUCAAAGUAGGAUUCAAAAUUUAUUGUCGUUCUGCCGAAUCGGCGCAUAUUGUGCGCCUUGGGGGUGCUCUUUGUGCGAGCUUGUGGCACGCGAAAG